AUGGGAUUAGGAUUGUGUUGCAGUGUCAAAUACAGUUUAGACCCUUUUAAUAAAACUCCUAGAUCAAUGAAAUUUUCUAACAACUCUGAUCUAUACUCCUUUCUGGGCCAUUUCGAUAGAAGUUUGGAUGAAGAAACUUUGAAACUCUACUUCUGGAGCUAGGAACUUUAGAAAGGUACCUUAAGCGUCAGAUGGUAUUGCGAUGGAGAAAAUAUUUUGAAAAAUGGUUGCUAAAAUGAACUUGAGCAGUCUAAUACAUCAUAGUUAGUCGAGGGCUACUUUGACAUUCAUACGAGGAACUUAGCAUUAUGCUUGAAGUGUGCUGAAGAAGUCAAAAACCCUUUAAAUUUGAUACAGUGGUAUGCUUAUACAAGUGAAAAUGAUUAUAAAAAUGUGUAUGAAAUCGAUUACUUCGUGAAAAUUAAGAAUUUUAUUAAUGGCGGUGGAAGAUCAAAUGAUCAAAGAAUUUUGCUUACUGGAUUUUUAGAUUAAAAGAAUGGUUUAAGUUAUUUGAGAGUUUCAGCUGAUGAUUUAACAGAGAAAAUUUAUGAUUGCACUUUAGAUAGCUAUAGUGAAAAUACUAUAAAUGGUAUUAAUAGGAAUGAUGUUUUUGGUACUGAGACAAAGAUACGAAUCACUCAGAUACCAAUAGAAAUUAGAUCAACAACCAAUUACAUUGAUUAUGGCUACUAGAGCUAUAUUUGUGAUGAUCAUUAUUUUCACCUUUGUGAAUUCUGUGUCAGAUAUUGCUCUUGGGCUCAAUAAAGAUCACUAGAACAUAAAUAAAAUUGGAAAUUUAAAUGGUCUAAGGAUGAUGAUGAGGAAGAGACAAUCAUUGAAAACUUAAUGGUUAAAUACAGUUAAAUAUAUGGAAAAGGGCUAGAUAGUAUUGGCGGCUAUUUCAUAACUGGAAAGUAUAAUACAGAUGAAGCUGAGUUCAAAAAAAUAUACUACGAUCAGCAUUACUAUAUAACAUUCAAAGGUUAAAUCACUGCGAACAAAAAGAAAAUUAAAGGAAAGUUAUUCAUCUUCGGAGAUAAAGAUUAAGAAGGAGAAUUUGAAUUGACUUGCAAUUGA